GGGAUUAGGCGGUUUCGAAAGCCAGCCAUUUUUGCCUGCCAUGGAAUCCAUGGAAGGGAUACAGCCGCUUUCUCUGGAAGAUGGCAACUCUAGAUGUUGCCCUCCAGCUGACGCCCCAAGCAUGGGCUGGCGGCAACUCCGCAACGGUCGCACACUGAGGCCUCUUUUGCUAUUUUUCCUGUUGCCCUUUGCUGGAACAGCCUGGCUUGGGCGCAAGGACCGUGAGGAGGUAUCGGAGAGCUCCAUGCCGUUGGACGUGGACUUCGUGGAGCUCGAGGUACCGGGCCCUGCUGGACGCUUUCAAGUCUCGAAGCUUUAUGUCCCGCUUGCACCAGAGAUCGUGCGCUGGAUGAACACUAGCGACUUGAAAUUUAGUAUCAGCAUAGACACCACCUUGUUGACCCAACUACCCCGCAUCCACGUGCUAGCAAAGGGAGAACCCUUGAGGAUCGGCAACCUGACCAGCGAUGAGGGCAUCCACACCAUCCUGGAGCUGCCAGAGAACGUAGACGCGAGGGCCUGCAAGGUGGCUGUGAUCGUGGCUCUUGCUGAUGUGGGUAACGGCGAAGCCACUCCGACAAAGGCGUUGUUGCUCAUUUGCCAGGUGCAGCAGAGCGCCCGUGAGAGUCUUCAAAACUCCUCCCGGCUCUUGUUGGAGAAGGGACACCCUCUCAGGUGGCUGUUGGUCCCAUGGGUGCUCCUUUUGCUCCCGUUAAUUGUCGGCUCUGCAAUGGGUCCAAUGGCCCUAUUGGGUGGAGCAGCCUUGACGCUGGCCUCUAUAGCCUGCUUGUCUUUCCUCAUCGCAAUCGUGAUCGUUAUUGUGCAGAGGCGCUGCCUGCACUGUACACGACGAUGGCGUCGGCUCUACCGACUGCUGGAACGCUCGGCAGUCCACGAGUUGAGAUGAGCACGGCGUAGCUUGCAGCGGCGGCCGUACCUCAUCAGCGCCGCCUUUGGCGACUCAGGGCCUUGCUGUAUUUGUUUGGGCGAUUCUGAUUCUCGAGACGCUUUGAUCGCCUUGUUACCUUGCAGGCAUGCACUGCAUGCUACUUGCUAUGCGAGCUGGGUGAGCGCAGACGCGUAUCCCUCCUCCAGUCUGAUCUGUCCCGUUUGCCGCUGCCGAGCAGAUUCGAUAGGUAAACUCUCCCCAAUCGAAA